AUGAUCGUCUGCUUGCUACUUUUGUUAGUGAAACCUGCAGAACCAUGUUUGCGCAUGAAAUCUCCUGAAGACGUCGGGAUACCCGGAACUUUGCCUGUGGAUCCCUUCACGAUGACGAUUGCUUCAGGAUUUCAGACAACGCAAUGUACUACGUGCAGCGAAACAAAAACAUCACAACGAGUGAAUCCUUUGAAAACAACCACAAAGACUCCAGCAGUGACAACCACAAAAUCAAUAGUGCCACUUCAAUGCCAGAAAUUCACUCCAUUCAAGGAUCCCAUGAAUGCAGCAGCCAAGUGCACCGCCACAACUGGUAUGAAUAGCGCCGGUUGUUCCAAACUUUCAGUCAAAUGCACGAUAAACCCUGGAUUCGAAUGUGAUAUAACUAAAUGCAUGGCAGACCCUGCAUAUAAAUGUACUGAUGCGGCGCUUAUCUUGGAUCUCACUGGAGGCGAGUUAACUUUCACUGGCACAGGACCUGGGAAAAUUGCGGAGGCGUCAGUCACGUGUGGGAAUGAUGCUGUUUGGGUAGACUCAAGAGGAAUUCGAGGAAACACGUUGAUUGCGAGCAUAGCUCCUCAGAAUUGUCUUCCAUGCCAGACAUGUGCCCCAUUCACGGAUCCUAUGAGUGAGAAAGCCACUUGCACCGCCAACUAUGACUGCCGGCGUAUGACGUAUGACUGCCGGCGAUUGUGCCACACUUGCAGUCAAAUGUAUGAUAAACGCUGGAUUCGAAUGUAAUGACGUGGCACUUAUCCUGCAAAUCACCGGAGGCGCAUUAACGUUUACUGGCACAGGGCAAGCGCAAAUUGCAGAGACGUCUGUCACUUGUGGGAGUGAUGCAAUUUGGCAAGAUCCGAAUGGAAUUCGAGGAAACACGUUGAUUGCGAGCAUUGCUCCUCAGACUUGUCUUCCAUGCCAGACCUGCACCUCAUUCACGGACCCUAUGGGCGCUCAUGCCUCAUGCAUUGCCACCUAUGGCACAAAUAGCGACGGUUGCACCACACUUGCAGUCAAAUGUACGAUAAAUGCUGGAUUCGAAUGUGAUAUAGCUAAAUGCAUGGCAAACGCUGCAUACGAAUGUUAUGACGCACUUGAAAUCACCGGAGGAGCAUUGACUACUUCUGGCACCGGACCUGGGAAUAUCGCGGAGACUUCUGUCACGUGUGGGGACGAUGUAAUUUGGCAAGACCCGAAUGGAAUUCGAGGGAACACGUUGAUUGCAAGCAUUACCCCUCAGACUUGUCUUCCAUGCCAGACGUGCACCGCAUUUACGGAUCCAAUGGUUCCCGAAGCCACUUGCACAGUCACCGUUGGUAUGACAGGCGCCGGUUGCGCCACCCUUGCAGUCAAAUGUAUGAUAAACGCCGGAUUCGAAUGUAAUGAUGUUGUACUCAUUCUUGAAACCACCGGAGGCCCAUUAGCUACUUCUGGUACAGGGCCUAGGCAAAUCGCAGAGACUUCUAUCACUUGUGGGGCCGAUAAAAUUUGGCAAGAUGCGAAUGGUAUACGAGGAAACACGUUGCUUGCAAGCGUUGCCCCUCAGACUUGUCCCUGA